AUGAUUUCCUGUUUAGGAAAUGCGAAAGGUGAAUUGCCUGGUGGUUUUAUUUUAUUAAAUGAAAACUUCGACGUCACUGGACGAUGGAAUCGUGGAGAAGUCCCAUCAAAUGUUCAAUUUUAUUAUGACUUUUGGUACAAACCACGACACAAUAUCAUGGUUAGUAGCGAAUGGGCGGCUCCGAAUGUAUUCGAAAAAGGUUUCAAUCCGAACGAUGUUGCUUUAAAUAAAUACGGUCAUUCAUUACACUUUUGGGACUGGUCGAAACGAGAAUAUUUGAAAACAGUUGAUCUUGGCAAGGAUGGUUUGAUUCCUCUUGAAUUACGUUUUUGUCAUAAUCCACCUACUCCGUAUGGUUAUGUGGUAUGUGCGUUGGGUAGUUCUGUCUUCCGAUUUUAUCAAGAUUCAUCCAGUGAAUGGCAAGUUGAAAAAGUUAUUCAAGUGGAAAGUCUAACUGGUAAUGAUGGACAACCCGUCCCGGCCAUCAUUUCCGAUAUGCUCAUUUCCUUGAACGAUAAAUUCAUCUAUUUCUGUAAUUGGUUUCACGGUGAUGUUCGUCAAUAUGAUAUCAGUGAUCCAGCUAAGCCAAAACUAACCGGACAAAUUUGGCUUGGAGGUUUAACCAAAACUGGCAGUGAUUACAAUGAUAACCGUUCACUUCAUGGCGGACCUCAAAUGAUUCAAUUAUCGAUCGAUGGUAAACGUCUUUAUGUCACUAAUUCGCUGUACUCGUCAUGGGACGAUCAAUUCUAUCCAGGAAUUCGACAAGACGGUUCGUAUUUAGCAAAGAUCGAUUGCGAUAGUGAAAAUGGCGGCAUGAAAUUGGACCAAACGUUUUAUAUGUCCUUUAAAAAUGAACCGCACGGUCCAGCGCGUGCCCAUGAAGUGCGCUAUCCAGGUGGUGAUUGUACAUCGGACAUCUGGAUUUGA